AUGGCGGGACCUGGGGGUUGGAGGGACAAGGAGGUCACGGAUCUGGGCCACUUGCCGGUGAGUAGACGACGCCUGUUGCCCCCGAAGUGCUCUCUUCUGCAGGUUCUGAGCACCGAGGGAGGGGACGAACGUUCGCAAGCCGGGCUAGGCCAGGGCUUCGACGGGAUGGGGGAUCCAACUGGAAUAUUCUCACUGGAUAAAACCAUUGGCCUUGGUACUUAUGGCAGAAUCUAUUUGGGACUCCAUGAAAAGACUGGUGCAUUUACAGCUGUUAAAGUGAUGAAUGCUCGUAAGACCCCUUUACCUGAAAUAGGAAGGCGAGUGAGAGUAAAUAAAUAUCAAAAGUCUGUCGGGUGGAGAUACAGCGAUGAGGAAGAGGAUCUCAGGACUGAACUCAACCUUUUGAAGAAGUACUCUUUUCACAAAAACAUUGUGUCCUUCUAUGGUGCAUUUUUCAAGCUGAGCCCCCCUGGCCAGAGGCAUCAACUUUGGAUGGUGAUGGAGCUGUGUGCAGCAGGCUCAGUCACUGAUGUAGUGAGAAUGACCAGAAAUCAGAGUUUGAAAGAAGAUUGGAUUGCUUAUAUCUGCCGAGAAAUCCUUCAGGGCUUAGCUCAUCUUCAUGCACACCGUGUAAUUCACCGGGACAUCAAAGGUCAGAAUGUGCUACUGACUCAUAAUGCUGAAGUAAAACUAGUGGAUUUUGGAGUAAGUGCCCAGGUGAGCAGAAUUAAUGGGAGGAGAAAUAGCUUCAUCGGGACACCAUACUGGAUGGCACCUGAGGUGAUUGACUGUGAUGAAGACCCAAGACGCUCCUAUGAUUACAGAAGUGAUGUGUGGUCCGUGGGAAUCACUGCUAUUGAAAUGGCUGAGGGGGCUCCUCCCCUGUGUAACCUUCAGCCCUUGGAAGCCCUCUUUGUUAUUUUGCGGGAAUCUGCUCCCAAAGUCAAAUCCAGUGGAUGGUCCCGCAAAUUCCACAACUUCAUGGAAAAGUGCAUGAUAAAAAAUUUCCUAUUUCGUCCUACGUCUGCAAACAUGCUUCAUCACCCAUUUGUUUGGAACAUAAAAAAUGAAGGACAUGUUGUUGAGUCAUUAAAGAAGCAUCUUACUGGAAUCAUUAAAAAGAGACAGAAAAAAGGAAUACCUCUGAUCUUUGAGAGAGAAGAAGCUAUUAAGGAGCAGUACACCAUAAGAAGAUUCAGAGGACCUUCUUGUACUCAUGAGCUUCUGAGACUGCCAACCAGCAGUAGAUGCAGACCACUUAGAGUCCUACAUGGAGAACCUUCUCAGCCAAGGUGGUUACCUGAUCGAGAAGAGCCACAGGUCCAGGCACUUCAGCAUCUACAGGGAGCAGCCAGGGUGUUCAUGCCACUACAGGCUCGGGGCAAUGCACCUAGGCCUCUACAGGGGCAAGCCCAGGCACCUCAGCGACUACAAGGGGCAGCUCGGGUGUUCAUGCCACUACCAGCUCAGGUUAAGGCUAAAGCAUCUAGGCCCCUACAGAUGCAGAUUAAGGCACCUCCACGACUACGGAGGGCAGCCUGGAUGCUCAUGCCACUACAGGCUCAGGUUAAGGCACCUAGGCCUCUACAAGUACAGGCCCAGGUACCCAACGAGCAGCAGGCUCAGGCCCAGCCCCAGGCAUCAGAAGAGCAGCAAGAUCUGGACCAGGUACCAGAGGAAUUUCAGGGGCAAGAUCAGGUACCUGAACAACAACAAAGGCAGGGCCAGGCCCCUGAACAACAGCAGAGGCAAAACCAGGUACCUGAACAGCAGCUGGAGGAAAACCGGGUACCUGAACAGCCAGAGGUACAGGAACAGGCUACUGAGCCCACACAGGCAGAGACUGAGACAGGGGAACCUGAGUCAUUACGAGUACAUGCCCAGGUGUUCCUGCCCCUACUGUCACAGAACCACCAUGUGCUGUUGCCACUACAUUUAGAUACUCAGGUGCUCAUUCCAGUAGAGGGGCAAAUGGAAGGGUCACUUCAGGCACAGGACUGGGCACUAGACCCCCUGCAGGCAGUUGGCUCAGUUCAAGCACUGAUAGAGGGACUAUCAAAAGACUUACUUCGAGCACCAAACUCACAUAACUCAAAGCCACUUGGUCCACUGCAAACCCUGAUGGAAAACCUGUCAUCAAACAUGUUUUACUCUCAACCAGAACAGGCACGGAAGAAAAAAUCAAAGGUUUCUAGUCUAAGGCAGGCAUUGGCAAAAAGACUAUCACCAAAGAGGUUCCGGGCAAAGUUAUCACAGAGACCUGAAGAGUUUGAGCUCUCAGAUUUAGAAGCCCGCAGGCAGAGGCGCCAACGCAGAUGGGAGGAUAUCUUUAAUCAGCACGAGGAAGAAUUGAGACAAGUUGCAAAUGACAAAGAAGAUGAAUCAUCAGACAAUGAUGAAGUAUUUCAUUCGAUUCAGGCUGAAGUCCAAAUAGAACCAUUGCAGCCAUACAUUCCAAAUCCUAAAGGAAAUGAGGUCCAAGAGAGAUCUACUUCUAUGCCUUACAACCAGGAUCGUGCAAACCGUGUCAAGUUCUCUUCAAGUGUUCCUCAGCGGUCUCUUUUGGAACAAGCUCAGAAGCCCAUUGACAUCAGACAAAGGAGUUCGCAAAAUCCUCAAAAUUACCCAGCAGCAUCAGGAUCUUCUUCUGAGGAAGACAGUCCCGUGACUGGGAGGAGGUCCCAGUCAUCACCGCCUUAUUCUACUAUUGAUCAGAAGUUGCUGGUUGACGUCCAUGUUCCAGAUGGAUUUAAAGUAGGAAAAAUAUCACCCCCCGUUUACUUGACAAAUGAAUGGGUAGGCUAUAAUGCACUCUCUGAAAUCUUCCGGAAUGAUUGGUUAACUCCUGCACCUGUCAUUCAGCCACCUGAAGAGGAUGGUGAUUAUGUUGAACUCUAUGAUGCCGGUGCUGAUACUGAAGGUGAUGAUGAUGAUUCUAAUGAUGCUUAUGAAGAUACCUAUGACCAUGACAAUGGUAAUGAUGACUUGGAUAACCAGGUUGAUCAGGCUAAUGAUGUCAGUGAACAUCAUGAUGAUGAUGACAAUGAUGAGGCUGUUGAUGACAAAGACAAUAAUUGUGAUGAUGCUGCUAGUUGGCCAAGGACAAAUUAUGGCAGAGGCAGAAGCUGCAAGCAAGAUGGUAGAGAUGGAAGUGAUGGAGGAGAAGGAACCUGUAGCAGCUAUGGAAACCAGAGAGCCAGUAGAAGCCAUGGAGGAAGUGCAACCAGUUGGGGCAGUGCAGCCAUUGGGGACCAUGAAGUACAUGGAGCCAAUAUAGGCAGUGGAAGAAGAGGCAAGGAGGGAAGUGGAGGUAAGGGAGUCAGUGGAACCAAUGAAGAGAGUGGAGCCCUUGAACUCAAUGGAGGAGAAAAUUGCUCAGAGACAGAUGGUCCAGGAUUGGAGAGACUAGCAUCCCAGGACUUUGAACAGCAACAGGAGGAGCCAGGUGAUAUAAAUGAGGCCUCAACUACCAUUGCUUCAGGUGCUGCACCUGCAGCAGCUGAUGAUGAGAAUGACAGUGUGGACAUAUCGGAAGCAUCAAUAGAAUCAGGUUUUUCUGCCAGCCACUCAUCUCCUUCCAACGGUUCUGGGAGGGCUGCAAAUGCUGAAUUUGCCAGUGCCAUCUUAUAUGCUGGAUUAGUGGAAGUACCUGAGAAAUCACCUAAGCGACCCUCUGGAGUCAAUGUUAACCCACUAUAUGUCUCUCCUGCAUUUAAAAAACCACUAAUCCACAUGUAUGAAAAGGAAUUCACUUCUGAGAUCUGCUGUGGUUCUUUGUGGGGAGUGAAUUUGCUGUUGGGAACCCGAUCUAAUCUGUAUCUGAUGGAUAGAAGUGGAAAGGCAGACAUUACUAAACUUAUAAAGCGAAGACCAUUCCGUCAGAUUCAAGUUGUCGAGCCACUCAAUUUGCUGAUUACCAUCUCCGGCCAUAAGAACAGACUUCGGGUGUAUCAUUUGACCUGGCUGAGGAACAAGAUUUUGAAUGAUGAUCCAGAAAGUAAAAGAAGACAAGAGGAAAUGCUAAAGACAGAGGAAGCCUGCAAAGCUAUUGAUAAAUUGACAGGCUGUGAACACUUCAGUGUCCUCCAACAUGAAGAAACAACAUAUAUUGCAAUUGCUUUGAAAUCAUCAAUUCACCUUUAUGCAUGGGCACCAAAGUCCUUCGAUGAAAGCACUGCUAUUAAAGUAUUUCCAACACUUGGUCAUAAGCCAGUGACAGUUGACCUGGCUAUUGGUUCUGAAAAAAGACUAAAGAUUUUCUUCAGCUCAGCAGAUGGAUAUCACAUCAUUGAUGCAGAAUCUGAGAUUAUGUCUGAUGUGACCCUGCCAAAUAAUACCCUGGAAAUCAUUAUACCGCAGAAUAUCCUCAUUUUACCUGAUUCCUUGGGAAUUGGCAUGAUGCUCACCUUCAAUGCUGAAGCCCUUUCUAUGGAAGCAAAUGAACAACUCUUCAAGAAGAUCCUUGAAGUGUGGAAAGACAUACCAUCUUCAGUAGCUUAUGAAUGUACACAGCGAACCACAGGAUGGGGCCAAAAGGCCAUUGAAGUCCGCUCUUUACAAUCAAGGGUUCUGGAAAGUGAACUGAAGCGCAGGUCAAUUAAGAAGCUGAGAUUUCUGUGUACCCGAGGUGACAAGCUGUUCUUUACCUCUACCCUGCGCAAUCGCCACAGCCGGGUUUACUUUAUGACCCUUGGAAAACUUGAAGAGCUCCAAAGCAAUUAUGAUGUUUAAAAGGUUCCAAUGAUUUAUUACAUUUACAAACAUCAUAAAUAUGCAAUUUGCAUCUUUAAAUUUCUGAGAUUAAAUGAGCAUUCAGUUUUAUUGUAAGGGAAAAAUAAAUCAGAUACUUUACUUUUAAUGUAGCACAGAAUAGUUUUAAUGAGAAAUGCAGCUUUAUAUAUAAAAUUAACUAUAGCAAGCUCUAUGUACUCCAAUGGUGUACAAUGUCUUUUGCACAAACUUUGUAACUUUUGUUACUGUGAAUUCAAACAUUACUCUUUGGACAGUUUGGACAGUAUCUAUGUUCAGAUUUCAUAACAUGGAGUAAAGAAACCUUUAAUGAGUUAGAUUCCAAACAGCUUUAAAAAGAGUUGGCCCUGUAUGAGGCUUUUCAGAAAAAAUAAAAAAGUAGCAACAAAUCAUAUGCGAAUUUGCAAAGUCGUAUAAAGAACCAAAGGUUAGAUUAUGAAAUGAAAACAAUAAGAACUAUGCUAUAAAUCAGACUAAGUCUGAACCACCUGCAUGCCUAGAGAAAACUACAGUGAUGAAGGGAGAAAGCUCCAACUGUCAUUGCUCCAUGACAUUAAGCCCACAGUUAGAGACCAGUUGUGUUCUUUUCAUCCCAUGUUGAGCUGGUUUUCUCCUGAUGAGAAGAAAGGAAGAAAGCCUCAGAUGCUUGAUUUUCCUCAGAACCCCGAAGAUGUGCAAUAGCUGUUUUUAAAAACCACCAAAUAAUACAAGCCUGAAUACAGGACUGAACUCCUGUACACAUGUACUGUAGAAUGAGUUUUUUUUUAAAUACUUUAAAGUAGGCGUCAAAUUCUACCCCCAAAGACAGAUUGAUUGAUUUAUCAAAAUUCUUAUCUGGUCAACAGUGUGACCAUCAGAGAGCAUUAAAUAUUUUCCCAGUCCCGUAUUAAACUAUAUAAAAAUUUCCCUCCAGUUAUUUAAAAAAAAACAACAAAAUGUAACAACAAAAAACUUUGGCUGCCAAUACUUGUGUUUUUCGUGUUUCUAUUUCUUUAAAAUCAGAAAUUAAUUUAAAAGUGAUAAGUCCACGUGUAGGGACUUAAUGUUAUAGGUAAAAAUGUGAAAAGAUUUUGAAAAAAUACAACUUUCAUCAAAUACCCAAUUCUACAAACUUAGAGUAGUGAAAAUCAUGCUAGUCCAUCACCCUAAUAUGUUAUAGACGCCAUAGAUAGGUAGUGUUUGGUCACCUAUGGUAACUGCUACCUAGUGAAAAGCAUAAUUUCUGCAUAUCCAUCCUCAAUACCAUGGUUAGUUCUGGGGCAAUAGAGAAGCAACAGAACUACCACAAAGUAUACCUCAGUAUAAUUCCUUUAGUUCUGCUUCUGAAAUCUGAAGACAGUGCUAGUGGAAUAAUAAUUUUCAAACUACCUGGUUAACCAAAAUACAUAAGCAGCUGAUUAUGUGUGAUUUCAUGAUAGCACAUUAUUUCUUGGCGCGUUGGUGCCAGGAAUGACGAUUUGGAUUUUCCUAACAACUUAUAGCAAGAGUGUGGUAGCUCAAUAAUGAGAAUUUAGGAGAACCUGAAUCCAUGCAUUAAAGAAAUAAAUGUGAUUCACACUUCUGUUACUGUGACACAAUAAUGUGAUCCUAAAACUGGUUUAUCCUUGAGUGUUUACAACUCGAAUGACUUUUUAAAUGCAGUAGUUUAAAGAGAAAACAAACUUUUAUGUCAAAUUAUUUCCUUAGAAGUAGUCUUCAUUAUUAUAAAUUUGUACACCAAAAAGGCCUUGGGGAACUUUGUGCAAGUACCUCAUCGUUGAGCAAAUGGAGCUUGCUAUGUUUGAAUAUCAGAAAAUUUUCUCAUUUAAGUAGCAUAUAGAAUCAAAUCUUUUAAGAAUUCAUUUUUUCCUUCAUAAUAUUUACUCAAAGUUAAGGUUCAAAAAUAAGUUUUAUCUUAAAAUCAUAUUUUUAAGGCAGUAAGACAUUAAAGUAUUUUAGGAAGUCAACUCCCGUUGUGCUCUGUGGCUGUUAUUCUAGUAAACAUAAACAAUAGUGAACUGCAUCUACAGAGAUGUCUCGAAGUAAACAAGCAAGAGAGAUUGUAAAUGCGUAACUGAGCUUUAAAGGAUGAAGUGUUAAUGAAGAAAGAAAGCUGAGUACAUAUUAAGAAGGGAGAUUGAAAUGUUGGGUAGCCAAAUAGGAAGGACUGAACAUAUUUAAAGUGGUUCAUAGGUAAUGAAUACUUCUGAUUUUGAUGUUAAUCCUUUUGGAAUUUUUACAUCCUUUCCCAGCUGAAACAAGAAAGUGAAGGGACAAUUAAAUUUCAUAGUCAGUGUAUAAUAAUAGAAUAAAUUGUAUGUGCACCUCACCUUGUAGCAGAAGCACCUGGAAUCCCCAGCCCAUCACAGAAGUGUGGAGGGGGACUCCUGACAAGCCAGUGUCCCUAGCCCUGUGAUUUGAAGCAUGAAAGUUCUGGCAAGUUGUGAGUAGCAUUGGGACAGAGUAGAGUUUUAUUUUAGUGUACUUUAGUUUUUUCACCAAAGCUCUUGUCCAAAAUAAAAGGCAUUAUUGGAAAUAUUUGAAAACUAGAAAAUGAUGUGUGAAAAGGGCUGACAAGAAAAGUAAGGUAAGAUCAUCAGAGGAAACAGUAAGAAAGGAUAAUCAUUAAGAUAGUAAAAUAGGCAAAGCAGAAAUCACACAUGCGCACACACACACAAACUAUUAGAAUGCGUUAAUUUUAAUAUUUUCAGUGCUACCAGUUUCUAGAUAAAUUAAUCGCUAAGUGUUUUCUGCAGGACUCAUUUAAUUGAGACAGUAUCCAUAAAACUAGGAAUAAUGCCACAUGCAUUCAAUGGGAUCUUUUAAGUACUCUUCAAUUCUUGAAAAUGUGCCUAUUUAAAUCAAUUUCCUGUUUAAAUCAAUUUGUAUUCAAUCUGUGCUCUAACUUUAAAAAUUAUUGAAAUAAUUUUUGAGACUGCUAAUUGUUUCAUCAGAAAAUAUGCAAUGAAUCAUUGUUCAACCUCUAAA